AUGUCAGCGACAGACGCGGCUUUCAACAACAAGAGCGGCGCGUCCGGCGGUGCCGUCGAGCCGUGCUGGGCCAGCCCGUGCGUGAACGACGGCAAGUGUGUGCCGCGCGACGGCCGCUCCGUCUGCGCGUGUUCCGCCCAGUUUGCGGGCUUGUUCUGCCACAUCCCAGCGUGCGAGAUGUCGCUGUGCCUGUUUGGCACGUGCGAGGCGACGCCGGCCGGCGUGCGGUGCCACUGUGACCCGCUGCACGAGGGCGAGCGCUGCGAGCGGCGCCGCUCGCCCUGCGCCGACAAUCCGUGCCAUGGCCGCGGCCUGUGCGCCGAGGCCAACAGCACCUUCGUCUGCCACUGCCACGGCUGGUGGUCGGGACGCCACUGCCAGACCCGGGUGCUGCACAUUCCGUACAAGCCACUCAGCGAGCGGAUGAUCGAGGAGCCGUUCUGGCUGGGCCUCAUCACCGUCACGGUCGUCAUGGUCGUCAUCGGCAUCAUCUGGUGCAUCAAGAAACACUUCGCCGAGAGGAUUGAACACUUCUUCGCCGAGGAGAUCGAGAAGAGCAAAUACUACGGUGGCUACAUCCCGUCGCCGCAUGCGUCGCACGCGCUACUGCGCGACUCUCCGGCCAGCUCGCCGCCGCCGCAGCGCAGCUUCCUGCAGCGGCUUAGCCUGCGCAAGACCUCGCGCGUCUCGCUGCUGUCGCUCUCCUCCGUGGCGUCGUCGCCCGGCCACGACCUGCGCCGCAGCGUCGAGGACUUUUUCCGCGCGCCGCUCAAGCGCAGACGCUCGCGCUCGCCGCUGGGCUGUCCCUACUACAAGCGUAACUCGUCGGCGGAGUCGCACGAGCUGGACGUCGAGUCGCGGGGCAUCCUGCGUGGCCUGGUGACGCCGCGCGACCCGCUCAGCGAGCGCAGCAGAAGCUACGAGGAGUUCAUCCAGCUGGCCGAGAUGAAACUCGGGGACCAGCGGAAGAGAGGACCGCAGUCAGUGGACGACACGGCGCUGGCUGACACCUCGUUCCAUGACAUCAUGGGCAGCAAGUUUGACAAGCGCGUCAAGUUCGCGUCGCUCAUGUCGCACGUGUCGCGCGACAUGAUGACCUCGUCCGGCUCCGACCUGAGCUGUGUCAGCGAGGCCAGCUGCAGCUACAAGCCACAGAGCCUGCUGGGCGGCCAGUCGCGGCGAUCGCUCUCGUUCAAGCGGCGUGGCCGGGCUUUGGCCUGCGUGCCGCCCGACGACGCCGUGGAGACGACGUCGACGGGCUCUGACCUGACGCCGGACGCCGUGCGCCGCUCGGCGCUCAUCCAGUCGCUGUCGACACCCUCGUCGCCGCGCCACCGGCCCAUCGCCAAGAUCACGAGCGCCGACAGCAUCCUGUCGAUGCUGCGCGGCUGGGCCAACGGCCGCUCCGUCUCGACGCCGUCCAGUCCGGCCAACUCGGACCACGGCGACGAGGCGCCGCUGGCCAACGGACCCUCGUCGCCGGGCGCCGUCGCCGCCGCCGAGAAGACCGCCGCCAACAGCCUCGAGAUCCCCGUGUACGCUGGCGGCAACGGGAAGAACGGCGGCGCCGUCUCGGCGCAGUCGGUGACGCUCGAGAUCCCCAGCCACGACUACCGGUGCCUCUCGCCCAUCACGGAGGUGCCGACGCCGUCGCCGUCGCCGCUGCCGACGCCGAUCCGGAUGGCGCGCCACCCGAUCCAUAUCCACCUGGAGCACCGCGUGUCGGACAUGGACUCGGACGCGUCCACCACCAUGUCCAUGUCGGGCAACGAGCAGUCGCGCACCAGUAGCGCUUCCCUGGACAUCAACGCUGACGCCAGCAACCGCACGCCGUCGCCGACGUUCAACCGAAAAUACAGCUGCAACUUCCCCAUCCCGAUGGUGAUCAUCGAGACGACCAACACGUCGCCGGAGAGCGAGGAGCUGCCGUUGCCGGUGACGCCGCCUGCGCCGCCGCCAUGCCCGCCGGCUAUCAUAAUCUCGGAGGAAGACGGUGACGCGGAGGGCAGCCCGCCGCCGCCGACCUCGCCACCGACACCGUUGCCGCCGCCGCCCCCACCGCCGUUGACGCCACUGGAGGUGACGGUGCCGUCGUUCACGUUCCUGGCGGCCUCGCCGACAGACGACGCGCCGCUGACGCCGCUGGCGCCGCCUGUCGUCGGCGAGCGUAAGCUGAGCGCGCCGCACGCACUCAGCAUGCUCCGCAAAACGCCAUGCCUGCGCGAGGCGAGCCGCGCCGACUCGCUGGAGCUUCAGUCGCGUCCUGGCCGCCAGCUGUCGCGCAACAUGAGCGAACAGGACUCGGACACGGACAGCACGCGGCACACGAGCGGUCUGCUGCUGGCGCCGUUCGCGCCGGACGCGGCGCACAGCAACUCUGAGUCCAAUUUGAGCUCGUCCGGCUACAGCUCGGCCUACAGCCCGGCGCCGUCGCGUUGCUCGUCCACCAACCCUCUGGUGGAGGAGACGGGCACCGCGCCGCGGCGGCCGGCUCUGCUCCACCAGGCCACGCUCGAAGACGACUCGGCGCUCGGCAGCAACGACGACUGCCUGUCGACGGACCCCGAGAUGCCACGUCGCCUCUGA